UACUGCGGUCAGAGGGCCGAGGCUUGAGGGCGAGCUGGGGUCGUGCAGUACAGCCUCUUUCCGACAAAUCACGCGAUAUUUCGUUCACCCGGGCUCCACGACGGUCAGUGACGCGCGAGCAGCUGCCGCGACUGUGGCUCCCGAAGCUGCUUCGGGCCCCAGCGGUGAGGGAGAAGACUCUCAACCAGGGUGACUUCUAGGCGUCCUUCCGGAGCUACCGGGGACACUGGCGUUAUUGCCCGGAACACUGAGAUAGGGAAUGCUCGAGAAGCAGAAGCAGGCUGCAAGGUAAACACUCAACACACUCUUUAUCAUCACAUCGGAGCAAAUUCAUCUGUUAUUAUUUUGGAAUAUUAGCACCAAGUAGGAAUAGUAUCCCAGCUCAAAUUCUAAAUCCAGAAUAAACUGGCCAGAUGUAGUGGCUCACGCCUGUAAUCCCAGCACUUUGGGAGGUCGAGAUGGGAGGAUCACUUGAGCCCAGGAAUUCGAGACCAGCCUGAGCAACAUAGCGAGACCUCAUCUCAAAAAACAAAACAGAAUAAACUGAUCCUUUACUUAUUGGCCAUAUUGUGAUAUGGAAUUUCCUAUAAGGAGUAUUUUAUACAGAAAUCUUGUGAAACCACUGCCCAACCAGAGCGAUGAUUGUUCAAAGAGUGAUAUUGAAUUCUCGACCUGGAAAAAAUGGUAAUCCAGUGGCAGAGAAUUUCCGAAUGGAAGAAGUCUAUUUACCAGAUAAUAUUAAUGAAGGACAAGUACAAGUUAGAACUCUUUAUCUUUCUGUGGAUCCUUACAUGCGUUGUAGAAUGAAUGAAGACACUGGCACUGAUUAUAUAACACCUUGGCAGCUAUCUCAAGUCGUUGAUGGUGGAGGUGUUGGAAUUAUAGAAGAAAGCAAACACACAAAUUUGACUAAAGGCGAUUUUGUGACUUCUUUCUAUUGGCCCUGGCAAACCAAGGUUAUUCUGGAUGGAAAUAGCCUUGAAAAGGUAGACCCACAACUUGUGGAUGGACACCUUUCAUAUUUUCUUGGAGCUAUAGGUAUGCCUGGUUUGACUUCCUUGAUUGGGAUACAGGAAAAAGGUCAUAUAACUGCUGGAUCUAAUAAGACAAUGGUUGUCAGUGGGGCCGCAGGUGCCUGUGGAUCUGUGGCUGGGCAGAUUGGCCAUUUCUUAGGUUGUUCCAGAGUGGUGGGAAUUUGUGGAACACAUGAGAAAUGCAUCCUCUUGACCUCAGAACUGGGCUUUGAUGCUGCAAUUAAUUAUAAAAAAGACAAUGUGGCAGAACAGCUCCGUGAAUCAUGCCCAGCUGGAGUGGAUGUUUAUUUUGACAAUGUUGGUGGUAACAUCAGUGAUACAGUGAUAAGUCAGAUGAAUGAGAACAGCCACAUCAUCCUGUGUGGUCAAAUUUCUCAGUACAACAAAGAUGUGCCUUAUCCUCCCCCGCUAUCCCCUGCUAUAGAGGCAAUCCAGAAAGAAAGAAACAUCACAAGGGAAAGAUUUCUGGUAUUAAAUUAUAAAGACAAAUUUGAGCCUGGCAUUCUACAGCUGAGUCAGUGGUUUAAAGAAGGAAAGCUAAAGAUUAAAGAGACGGUAAUAAAUGGGUUGGAAAACAUGGGAGCUGCAUUCCAGUCCAUGAUGACAGGAGGUAACAUUGGAAAGCAGAUAGUUUGCAUUUCAGAAGAAAUCUCUUUGUAAUUGCUGUAAAUGUCAUCAAGGCAAUCAUAGAUUUCUUUUCCAUUUUGCAUAUUUUCAAAGAUAUGUUAAAAAAUCCUUAUACAUAGCUCUUGAUUUAAAUGUGAUCAUAGGUGUUAUUUUUAAUUGCAUAGGGGAUUUGAUACAAUCAUUAAUGGAUCAUACACAAUAGGUUUUUAAAAAUUAAUAACUUUUAGUAAUUACUUUUAUUAAUUUAAAAUAGAACGCUUGAGAGGCACUUUGUAAAGAUUUGUUAAACUGGAAACGUUUUACAUGAUCUGAUACAACCAUUAAUGAAUCAUACACAAUAGGUUUUUAAAAAUUAAUAACUUUUAUUAAUUUAAAAUAGAAUGCUUAAAAUAAAAUAGAGUGCUUGAGAGGCACUUAGUAAAGAUUUGUUGAAUUGGAAAUGUUUUACAUGAUUCUUAAACUGAAACUUGGUGUAAAAAUAGAAUUGAGAUGGCCUUUUUUUCACAUUGUAGACUGAAAAGAGACUUAAUGGUAUGAUGUGUACAUAGGUACUGGGGGCAGGAUUGGGGGUUUCGGAGCUUGUGUAACAGUUUUUAGGAUAGGAGACUAGCGGUUUUGGGUUGGGAUUAGUAUGGGAAGAUAAAUAACUUAGGUUGGUUAAGUUGACAAGAUUUACUCCAGAGGAUCAUCUCUUUGUAUUUGCCAAAUAAUUUACUGUAUAGCCUAAAAACUCCAUAUAUAUUGAGAAAAGCAUAUGUUUAUUUUAGGUUGGCAGGCACAUACUGUCAAGUUGUAAAGAUUGAGAGGGCAAACAGAUGUAAACAUCACUUGUAGGUGAUUAAAAAGAUUGACAGCCGGGCCUGAUGUCUCAAGCCUGUAAUCCUAGCACUUUGGGAGGCAGAGGCGGGCAGAUCACUUGAGGUCAGGAGUUCGAGACCAGCCUGGCCAACACGGUGAAACCCCAUCUCUCUAAAAAUACAAAAAUUAGCUGGGCGUGAUGGCACACGCCUGUAAUCCCAGCUACUCAGGAGGCUGAGGCUGGAGAAUCAUUUGAACCUGGGAGGGGGAGGUUGCCGUGAGCUGAGCUUGCACCAUUGCACUCCAGCCUGGGCGACAAGAGUGAAAUUCCAUCUCAAAAAACAAAAACAGAUUGACAACAAAGACAGUUUCAGAAAAUGACAGGACUGGGCAAAUUAACAAAUGUUUGUAAACAUGAAUGUUCAGGAACUACUGAUGUACCUCAAAAGUUUGUUUUAUUGUACUCAACCCUCGCAGAACAGUAAAACUGAAGAUUAUUGUUUCUGAA